CCCCGCAGUCCAUCAGCUCUGGAUUGUGCUUGGCAAAGUUUCAGUCUCGCCUCCUAACUGCAUCUAGAUGGAUCUACACUACUGAACGGCGGACGGACAUUUUAAGACAGGAGGAAAAUCUUGAUCGUCAUUUUUUUCCUGAUUUAUUUUUUCACGUGAGCCAAAUUGCGCAGGGAGAAUGGAGCAGGCACCAAGCAGCACCACUCAACCACCCCAAACCCAACACGAACCCAUUAGCUUUGGGAUUGAUCAGAUAUUGAGUGGUUCUGACCCAGAGAACUCCACGCAACAGCCAAACACCAGGGGUUCGGAUACUAUUGCCAGCAGUUACCACCUGGGCAGCCCCACAAGCACCACUACUGCCCCUUACUCCUUGCCCGGCCCGUUCCCUGGCAUCGGCUCGCCCUUCGAGGACUCUGGAUGCUACAGUGUGAAUCUGAGCCUGGCUCCGGCCGGCGUGAUUCGGGUGCCAGCUCACAGACCCAUACCCGGCGCAGUGCCACCCCCUAUCACCAGUGCCAUGCCAACGGUCCCAGGGUUCGGGAGCCUCAAUUUCCCUUGGAUGGAGAGCACACGGCGGUUCGCAAAGGACAGAUUCACUGCGGCUUUAACGCCCUUCACUGUGUCCCGGCGGAUCGGACACCCCUAUCAGAACCGGACCCCACCCAAGAGAAAGAAACCGCGGACCUCGUUCUCCCGGGUGCAGAUCUGCGAGCUGGAAAAGCGCUUCCAUCGGCAGAAGUACCUGGCCUCGGCCGAGAGGGCGGCGCUUGCCAAGUCCCUCAAAAUGACCGAUGCGCAGGUUAAAACAUGGUUCCAGAACAGAAGGACGAAAUGGAGGAGACAGACGGCGGAGGAGCGGGAAGCAGAGAGGCAGCAGGCAAACAGAUUGAUGAUCCAGCUGCAGCAUGAUGCCUUCCAGAAGUCCCUGAGCGACUCCAUCCAGCCAGACCCGCUGUGCAUCCACAACUCCUCGCUGUUCGCCCUGCAAAACCUGCAGCCCUGGGCGGACGAGAACGGCAAGAUGCAGCCUGUCACAUCACUGGUGUGAGAGACGCUCCUCCACGCAGACUACUACAAAAAUUAAAACUUAAAAAAAUGUUGGUUUGUUUUUAUAAAUAAAAUAAUAAUAAUAAUAAUAAUAACAAAAACUGCAUGAUUUCAAUGCAACCAAGACUUAUAAUCCAACCAGUGACAACCCUCUCCCUCCCAACUGUACCCAAAACGGAACUGCGUACAUGGAUCCCCUGAACCCACACAUUCUCACUCUGAUUGCCAACGCUGGAAGACUGCAGACCCAUUGAAAGCAACCUGCUUGCCACAUUUCCUCCACUCAUCAAAAUACAGGUUUUUAUAAGAACGGUUUAUCAAACUAAACCUGGUUUUACUGCGGGCUCUCGCAGGCUCACCCUGUGCAGUAAAAGAGACAGCGUUGACCAGAGAGGAGAGGAGAGGAGAGGGGGA